CUAGCCAUGCAUUCUUGAACUGAUCUACAGCGAUGUACAUUUCUAGUGGAAUAUUGAGCAAUGCUGGUGGUGUAUUGGAUUUGGCGUGGUCAGGUCUACCAGGCUAUUUUGCCCCUAAAUAACGUGGGAUUCACUGCGGGACAACCCGGCGCUAGGCCCGUCAACUCUCGCCUUAUAAACCUCGCAUGGGUUGGAUAAUCGGACGGCUCAGAUAUGGACCUUUGGCUGCUGGACACUGACCACGCAUGCGUGUAGCUCGAAGCCGUGUUUGAAGAGGUUGUGAUGUAAUGUCAGCUAAUACGAAGCCUUUCCUUUUAAUGUAGCGGGUAUAGUGGCCUUUGAGCAUGGGCGUUAACUUUUUUUAAUCUACCGAUAAAAAAUAAUCGAUUGCUUGACAUCUCAGUGGGACCAUUUUGAUAGUAGAUACGGCUGCAGUAUGAUCGCGGGAAUCGUGCUUCUGUGCACUGUCCUGGGGACAGUUGCCAGUCCGGAUGUUUUUGGGCAAAGAUACCUUCAUAGAGAGCGUCGUAACUCGGAAGGAUCGGGCAGAACUUGUAAGGCGAAGCUCAAAAGGAUCGAAUCUCACUCAGCAUGUUUACCCAAAUCUUCAAAUGUACAGCAAUCCGGUCUGUCAGAAGCAGACAAACAGCUUAUCGUUAACCUUCAUAAUGAUUACCGGUCCAAAGUUUCACCAAAAGCGGCCAACAUGCUCAAAAUGAGUUGGGAUGAUGAGAUAGCCAAAAUAGCCGAGGGUUGGGCAGAAAACUGCUUGUAUGAUCAUGACAAAGGUUCCAAACGUACCAUUCCAGGCAGAUUCAGUGUGGGCCAGAACUUGGCACGAGGAUAUAAGGACUGGGAAGCUGCGGUAAAUGGCUGGUACAAUGAGAAAGACGAUUUCACAUUCGGGAUGAAGAGCAAGAACGAUUUCAGUGCGACCGGCCAUUAUACACAGAUGGUUUGGGCGAAGACUUCGCGCAUUGGAUGCGCAUACGCAGAUUGUUCAAACGUUCGGAAGUUCUAUGUAUGCAACUAUGGUCCAGCAGGUAAUGUUGGAGACUUUUCCACGCCUUACAAGACCGGUGCUUCCGUGUGCGGUGCAAAAUUCCGGAAAAACAAUUUGUGUGAAUGUGACCAAGACUGUCUAAAUGGUGGCACCCGGAACCUAACCAGCUGCACAUGCGCAUGUCUGAAGAAUUUGCCGUAUUACGUCGGAGACCAGUGUGACUUGGACUGCUCAAAAGUAGAGAAUAACCAGCCGUCCUAUUGUGGGAAGGGUGGUUUUGACUCCGCGGGCUGUUCCAAAUACGUGAACGUUCCAUACAACUGUCCAUCUACCUGUGCCAUUUGUCCAUCUGGAGUUAUUGGUGGAAGUCCAGGCUUGCCGCUGAGUGAGAUGUUGAUGCGGGUGACCAUCACGGUAAUGAUGACCUUUACCCUACUGACGCCAAGGACGGUGAUGUCAAAUGAAUGUAUGAUUAACAUUAUCACGUAAUAAGUUCAUCAUGCAAACCAGCAUUUGAUCGAUUCCAAGACAUACUGGAAAUCCCGUCCGUAAAUUAUUUAUAGCUCAUUAAUAAAGCCUUUUAAACAUGUGUCUUAAUGCGCACUAGUUACUAAGAUAUAGGCUACUGUUGAGAAUUUUCUUUCUUCCCUAAGUUUUUGUUUCUAAAUUGGCCCUAAACUAAAUGGCCUUCAAUCGUUCUUAUUAAAGAUGGUUAUAUUUGAGGGUUUUCCAACGACAGUUAUUUGAAAAGUCAUCCAGAGGUCAUUACAUCAGGAAAGGGAGGUAAAUAGAAUUCUCUGUAAGAAUUAGCUGAGAACUGCAAUGGUUAAGUAAAAACAUGUAGUGAAAAUUGAAAAUAUACUUUGACUAAAUGCUUCAAACUGUUUUAUAUCUAUUUUUCUACUUUUUUGUUACUCUUGGAUCAUUAAGGAAGUUGUAGUUUCUGUUUUGUGCUGUUUUUUUUCUACUAUUGUAGAUUUGUAAGAAAAUUACAUUCCAUCAUCAUUAAUUCUUUUCGAAAAUAUACUGCCAUUUACUCCGCUCAUUCGUAGGACGCAAGAAAAUGUUUCUUGCAUUUAUAAUCGUCCUGUCAAAAGGAAAUAAAAAGUGUAUGUAAAAAUAUAUGCUGAUUGGUUUGUUAGGUAACAAGAAAAUUCUUAGAAUUAGAAGGUAAGUGUUUCUGUUUAGAAACGCGCCCGUCCUGGAGUUUAUCAGCACAACUUCAACAAGUAAUAUCAUCAAGAGCAUCCUGAGCCAUUGUGAUCUCACGAUAACUCAUAUGCUUUAACGUAAUUGCAUUUUCUGCAUUGACUAUAAAAUUACCAGAAGUAAAGAAUAUGAAACAUGGCGCACAUCGUUCUGACAUUUCCACUUAAAAGUAACAACAGCUGGAUUAUGUUAUGAGAGGGUUUCCCAGAUGCCUGUAUUGUAUGCCAUAUUAGAACAGUUUUGACAUGGGAAUUCAGAGUACAUUUCAAAUUCCUUCGGCUGUAUACCCUUAUCUUAACCUGGUCUGAUCUCAAAUGAUGCCCUAGGUACCAGCUCAAUGUCAUAUCAGUUGUCCUUUCAUAAAGUGAAUUACUGCAUCAACCCAUCCAAUUGGAACUAUUUGGCGAAAAACACUCCACGAAAAUAA